ACUCUGUCAGAAGUCAGGCAACUGCCAGGGAAGAACGAAGGAGCUCGUCGUGUGUCGUGGUUUUUAUCAGAAAAACUGCUUCGACUUAUUCAGAAAUUAUAUAAUUUUCAUAAUAUUUCUUGCGUAGUUAAUUGUUAAUCACAAAUUCUAAAAGUUUCCAUUAGUCAAAUUUGAUUACAAAUUUCUUCGCCGAUCGAAUAUUAAUCCGUUUUCCCAGUCCAAAUGGAGAUUUCAAACAUGGAGUCGGUUACUGAUGCUCUGACUCUACCAUCUCCUGAGGUGAUUUCAUAUUUUCGGGAAUUUAGACCACUUGAAUGCAAAUGUUGCGGCCAGUUGGUUGGAUUUCAGCAUCGGGUCACUGGAGUUGUUGUCUGCACUGGAGGUUGCAAGGUGAAUAAAAGAGCGUCCUUGAAAAUUGCAUCAAAACCAAGGUCUUCGAUUGCAAGGAUCACUGAUAAUAAGGACGAAAAUGAACUGAACGAUCCCCUUCCUGCCGUGAAAAAUGCAAAUUUGGAUAUUAAAUUGGAUGCUAAAUCGUACAAUGUAGAUGUCGUGGACAAAAAACCUACUGGGGUGGUAGAAGAUGCUCGGACCAAACUGACGGAUAACAUUUUGAAUAUUUCGAAAUCCAGUUUGAAGGUAUCAAUUGAUGCAUCAAAACUCUGGGAUCCAAUGAUGAUCAAUCCAUUUAAAGCUACUAAAUGUGUUGAUCUUAAGGAAAAGACUGAAACAAUUGAGAUCGCAGAAGAGGUCAAGAAUGCAAAACAACUAAUUACUGAAUCGAAACACUCUGAAAUUUCGCCACAAACUGAAUUAAUUGUACAGAAACAACAAGAGUUUACACCCUCUUCUGGCCCCGCUCAAAAGCGGUUCAUGUGGCAAUCUUGCAAAUUCUCAGAGAACUUAACUGACAGUGCCAUGGUUAAAAUCUACUAUGUUUGGAAUGCCAAUUUGAUCCAAAUUGUUGCUGAAAAAGAUGAAAAGAAUCUGAAUGAAUAUAUGGAUAAGAUCUAUUCUGUAAAGCCCGUACCAUUGGCUGAACCUCCAGUGGUUGACCAAAUGGUGUUGGGGAAUUAUGGCGACGGGCAAUUUUACAGAGGACGCGUUCUCAAAGUCGUGGGAGAGCUGUUUCAUGUAUUCUUUGUGGACUACGGAGACACUCGCGACAUUCCUUACACAGACAUGUACAAUGUAGAUGAAUUUCUUAUGAAGGACCCGAUCUACAGUGCUCGCGUCAUGCUUGACGCUACUCCCACAUUGACUUUUCACAUCAAACCUGACAAAGACUUGGAGAAAGCGUUAUUCAGUCCAUUGCAGUUGCAAAUGGUUGACAAGAUUAAUUUGAAUGCGCCUGAUCCUUACAAAGUUGUUCUGUGGAUGUCAGAAUCUGAGAAUUUGAACGAUCUCGCUGGUGCUUUCAUUCAGGAACACGAUGCAAAAUAAAGUCACGGCCAAUGUCUACCAAUUGUUUUUUUAGUCAAGUCUGAGUACACAAUAUUUUCAAAUGUUAGUUUCUUGAUUUUUUCUUAUAUUUAAUAUUAUAUGACUAUUAUUAUUAUUAUCAUCCUGCACAUUUGCAGUGAUGUGAUUUGCUUUAUAGCAACAUUUAUUCUUGGAUUUUGGUAGUAAUUUUUGUUAGAUUUGAUCCAUUAAUUUCAAAAUAAGAAAAACAUUGCUGUUUUUUAUAGUUAUUCUCUCAUCUAUUGACAAUAAAUGCAAACAUGAAAUAAUUGCAACAAUAUAACUGAA